AUGUUGCUUGCUUUUGUUGCUGUGCUGUGCCAGCAGCCACUGGAGCACAACCUUGAAGAAUUUAGAUUCUUCGUCGAAGUGGGAACUCUCUUUGCACAAACCUUGGAGAAGUCUCCCCUGCGUUUGUGCGAAGCGCACCAUCUCAUUGCCAAUCUCAUCCAAUCUCACAUCUCACGCGUCUCCAAAAUUUGGAGAUACUACGCAAGUCCAGAGUUUCGGUCAGGUCUUUGUGUUCGGAUGUUUUCUGAACGUCACACAAAAAAAACAACGUUGGUGAGUUCACCGGAGUUCCCCGGGGUCUUUUUCGGCGAGGCCGAGGCGGGCGCCCUAUCGCUCUCCAGCAGCUUGGGUCUUAAGGCAGCUGGAUGA